AUGCCGAAAUACGAUCUUUUCAAACCCUUGGACUUUCUGACAUGUGUCAAAAGUAUCCAUGUGGCGUACCAUCCCGGUCGCGCCCGGUCAGAAGUUUGCAGGCAGUUGAUUCACUACAUGAAGUCUGAGCCCGUCAAAAAGAAGUUUCCGACGCUCCAGUCCUCUUUCCAGCUUCUUGGGUACAACUCCCCCUCUAUCAUAAAAAUUGAACUGGUCAACGGAAAGAAACACGAGUUUGAGGCAGAGCACUUCAGCCUCAGGGAGAUGCAAAUGCGGUUUGACAAGGAUCAGUACGAAGCGUAUCUAGAGCUGAUGAAGACUCAGUCCAUCGAGGCGAAACCCGGAGAAGACGAUCUGUGA